GGGCGCUGAAGUAUUUGAGGGUGUAAAGAUGUGUUUGGAAACUUGAAUUGUUGAAACGCUAGCAAGUUUCAUGUGCUUGAGAACAUUAUACACUUUUAGUUUUACGAAUUAUAGUAUUUAUGUGCGCUUGUUUGAAUUGGGAACAGAAUUUUUGUUACAAAAAUUGGAGAAACAACAAAACGGAAGAAAUAAAGCAAAAUGGACGUAGAACACCUAGAGGCUGAGGCCAAAGCUACUGCAGCAAAACAUGUGGCUAAUAUGCUUCAAAGACCAGAUCAGCUGGAAAAAGUGGAGCAAUACAAACGUCGUGUCAUUCGAAAGAAGGCAUCUGUGGAAGCAAUGCUGAAAACAGCAAUGCAGAGUCAGCUGGAUGGAGUAAAAACAGGACUUAGCCAUUUGGAGACUGCUUUAAGUGACAUAAAAGAAAUAAAACAGAAUUUAAGGGAUAUUGAAGACAGUUUCAAAGAAAUCCCUCGGCUUGUUGAAAAGCUCCAAGAUGUGAGAGAAGAAAGUUUAAAACACAGUCAGUAUGCAGCUGCUAUGGAAAACCUAAAGCACAUUUUUAAUGUCCCUGAGAGUGUGCAGAAAACUCAGGAAUGGAUUUCAGAUGGAAAACUUCUGCUGGCUCAUCAGUGUCUUGCUGACUUAGAAAAUUCCAGGGAUGAUUUGCUUUUUGAGAUGCACAAACUUCCCAAUCAAAGCCCUACUGACAGGAAUAUGCUUAAACAAUACUUCUCUGACGUUGAAAAACUUUCUGAAGAUCUUGGGAAACAACUUUGGUUAAUACUUCGGCGUACGCUGAACUCUGUUCGUAAGGAACCACAGGUCAUUGUUACAGCUCUUCGAAUAAUUGAAAGAGAAGUGAGAGCUGAUGAAGCUGCGAUUGCAAGACAACAGACCACUGGAUUUAUGCCAACAGGACGACCAAAGAGAUGGAAGAAACGUUGUUUUGAAAUUUUAGAAAUGUCGGUUCAAGAUAGGAUUGAAGGAAACCAAUUCGAAGAAAGGUCACAAAAUAAAAUGUGGCUAGUUCGACACUUAGAAGUCACCAGACAACUUAUUUUAGAAGACUUAAAAGUAGUUAAGACUGCUUGUGUCCCAUGUUUUCCACCUUCCUAUGACAUAGUUGAAAAAUUUGUGAAGAUGUAUCAUGAUAGUCUAUCCAAACAUCUGCAAGAUAUAAUAUCCAACCAACUAGAAGGUAAUGAAUACAUCACUCUUCUCAACUGGUUAAAUGUGUAUGAAAGUUCUGAACUUAUGGGUCAUCCUGAUCUAAUGAUUGAUGUAAAGAAAUAUGGUUCUCUUUUGGAUAACACUGUAGUGGAGAACUUGAUUUGCCGGUAUGUAUCUAUGCUUGAAACCAACUAUCAAGACUGGAUGAAAAAUACAGUUAUGUCAGAUGUGAAGGACUGGAGGAAUGAUGCAGAACCUGAAGCAGACAGUGAGGGCUAUUUUCAUACCAGUUUACCUGUCAUAAUGUUUCAGAUGAUUGAUCAACAUAUUCAGGUAGCCAAAACAGUGAAUCAAGAACUUGUUGAAAGGGUACUUAUGGUCAGCAUAGAACAAGUGGUUUCAGUCACCAGAUUGUAUAAAGAGGCUAUUGUAGAAUACAAAACAAAGCAUUUUGAGGAUCGCAGCCAACUUAGAUAUUUCACUCAUUACAUGAUUGCAAUAGCCAAUAAUUGUCUGCAGUUCGGAGAACUAGCAACCAGGCUACGUCAGCGGUACUGGAAGUCUGGUAGUCAUGACAAUGAGGCUGAAAAAAUAUUUCAGAGAGCAAUGACUGUAUUUGAGAGCCUAAAAAUGGACACUCUUGGGUACCUGGAGGAUGAGCUGUUUUUAGAUUUAGACAAGGAAAUUAAUGAUUUACUGACAAAGAAAUGGAUGUUGAGUAGCACAAACAUUGUAGAUACAAUAUGUGCAACUGUGGAAGAUUAUUGCCAUGACUACACUCAUUUGUGGCCUCGCAAUUUUGACCUACUGAUUUCAGGAAUACAGAAUCGAGUAGCUAAAGGAUAUAUUACAGCAAUUCUUCAGAAAAAACUUUCAUUAAAAAAUUAUGAAGAAAGAAAGGAAGUUGCAGAUAAAAUUGUACAAGAAGAGAAAAAGUUACGAGAGACUUUUUGCCGAGCAAAUCCUUUGGCAGUUAAGCGAGAGUCUCCGUUUGAUGCCCUACCACUAUUAGCCGAAGUUCUUAAGCUGAAAGAUGGAAGCUUGCUGUCUCUUGAGAUCUCUGGCCUUAUCAAACGGUACCCAGACAUCUCAGCAGACCACUUGUUAGCUCUGGUUACCAUGAGAGGUGACAUGGGACGAGCAGAUGCAAGACAACUGGUAACAGAGAUACUUCCAGAAGUUGGUAGCCAAAGAAAUGCUGAAGUGAAAAGCAUAUUUUCUCAGAUUCAAGUGGGUUAAAACAUGCCAUUUGAUCUAUAUCAUAAAGUAGAAAGGAAAGAGAAAUAUUGGAAUAUUUAAUGAUUUUACUUAUUCUUUCUAUAGUUGACAACAUAAUAAAGAAGUUGUUCCAGAGCUAAGUGUAUCAACUUGUAAAUUUAGGUUUGUUAUAUUUAUGUUUUUCUACAUAUAUAUAUAUAUUUCUCUGUGAUUCGCAAAGGUGUUUCUCCAUUAUUAAUAUGUGCAUAGCUAUUUCAAAAUGAAAUAUAUGUGCAUUGUAAAUUAUAUCAUUUCUCAGUUGUUUUACAUACUAUUGUAGACAGUUAAAAUUUAAUUAAUGUGUGCCUGUACAAAUCAAGAAAUAAAUUUGCUUUUUUGCCCCAGCUGCUA